GGCCUGACGACCUGGUAUAGUACCGCCUGGGCUCGGGGUUUUCGCCCAGGGUUUCAGCCGCCAGCCCCUUGGAUGGCCUCCAAGAUGGUGAUAUCCGCCCGUCCCAAAAUUCUGCUACAGCUAAUACGUAAAGACGAGCCUGGAGGGCCGGGAGCAAGCAGCCGGGAGCAGGUGCUAGAGGAGUUUCUCUGUGACCAGAAAUACAGUGAUGAAGAGGACCUGCCAGAAAAGCUCUCAGCCUUCAAAGAGAAGUACAUGGAGUUUGACCUGAACAAUGAAGGCGAGAUUGACCUUAUGUCUUUAAAGAGGAUGAUGGAGAAGCUUGGGGUCCCCAAGACCCACCUGGAGAUAAGGAAGAUGAUCUCGGAGGUGACAGGUGGGGUCAGCCACACCAUCUCCUACCGAGACUUUGUGAACAUGAUGCUGGGGAAACGGUCGGCCGUCCUCAAGCUAGUCAUGAUGUUUGAAGGAAAAGCCAAAGAGAGCAGCCCCCAGCCGGGUGGCCCCCCUCCAGAGAGAGACAUUGCCAGCCUGCCCUGAGGACCCCGCCGGGACCUGCCCCUGCCUUCCCUGCCCGUUCCUCCCCCCUUUAUCUCUCUGCUCUCUGGACUCAUGUUUUGUCUUAUUUGGGGUUUUUUUUUGGUCGUUGGGCAUGUUUGUUUUUUUCAUCUGCGGAAUCAGUGAUCUCUUUGUAAAGCGCAAAUUAUCUGCCUUGAAGGGGAUCUGGGGCCCCUCCCUCUCUCCUUCCACCCUCCUCCCCACCCCCCAUGCAUGCAGAAGGGCUGACAUCAAACCAAAAACGGGAGAGGGCGAGGCCAAGGCAGGGGGCUGGAAGCCUGUGAUCCCCGCGCUUGGAGCCAUCCUUCCCAGAAGCCUCUGCUCUUAGCCCCGGCUUGCUGGCCGGGCCCCGGUGAGGACCUCAGUCCAGCUUCAGGAGACCCUGGAGUAGGAACAAGGCUGCAGGGCCUCGCUAGGGAUUCCUCACAGGUUCCAGUGCUCUCAGGGGUCCGGGAUGUGGCCACUCACUGUCCUACCACCCAGGUGACGCCCCCCUCAGGCCAGGCUUCUCAUCCUCAGUGAGCUGGCAGAAGGAGGAAGCAAGCAAUUUGAGCCCUUCAAGAAGGUUCCGGAAGAAAUCCUCCAGCCUUGCCCCCCGGCCACCCUUUUCAGGCAGCUCAGAGGGAGUCCUGUCCCUUGCUGGGCAGCAAAGGGCUUUGGAAAGAGAGGGGAGGCCAGGGGCCUUGGGGAAGGGGGUCGUCUCAGUCUCAUCCUACUUUGUAGGGAGGAUGCUGAGGGCAACAGGCCAGGAGAAGGCAGAAUAAAAUGCUUGUGGCAAACAGAGCACAACUUGGCUAAGCCAACCAAGAUCUGAGAAACGGGGGGUUGCCUUUCCGAUCCCAGUCUGCUUGGAAAUGACUGUGCUUCCCCAUUCGCCUCCCACCUUACGUCACUGUACUCAGUCAUGCAACAGGUAUUUAUUGACCACCUACUAUAAGCUUUAAGUCUCCCCUCUUUGUGCUGACAUGUGCUGUGUCCACUGUCUCUGUAACUCACCUCACCCUUUCCAGAUCGCCCCAAACCUUGAGCUUGGGCACUGGACUGGGGUCUCCUGUGUCCUCUAUUACGGACUCACACGGUUUUGCAGCCCCGAUCCACCCUGUAGGUUAGCUGAGCCCGUCCUCCCGUGUCACAGGUGAGGAAACUGUGGUGGCCCACAGGGGUUAAGUGCCUUGCCUGAGGUCAGGGGUUCAUCAGGAGACGGAAGAGCCUGGACUGGAGCCCAGGUGUUCAGAUGCCCCGCCCAUGCUUCCUCGCUGCUCUGGGCUGCCUCGCUGCUCCUAGGUCAGCACCGGGAAGACCCCGGGCCAGGACUCCCCUUCCCAGUGCCUCUGAGUCAGCACCAGGGUUUGGGUAAGGGCCAGGUCUGCCUCUGUAAUUCCGAACUCGCUAGAGCUUUUCAGCUAAGCUGCUUCUCAGAACGCACACAGGUGUCACACUCGGCCCCAUGCUGGCUGAGCAGGAAACUCAGCCUUGGCCCCACCUGUGCUCUGGAGUCCCUUACUCUGCCCGCUCAGGACUUAGAUGCACUCACUCAUUGAAUGUAUUUAUUAAGCAUCUGCUAUGGGCCAAGAGCUAAGAACCCAGUAGUGAAAUAGACUCAUAUUUAGAGUCUAGUGGGGAAGUCAGACCCAGACAGGGAAAAGUGAGAUGGAUGUUAGGAAAAAGGGGGCUCUGGGGUGACUGCACUGCAAUCCUGGGGGAGCCAAGCUGGGCCCAAGACUAGGCAAGAGUCUUGGAGAAGCCUCUGCCCAACCUGAAGCGGCAAGGUGCUGCUGGAGCUGGAGCUGGAGCCAGCGUGGGUUCCUGGGGCUCCUCGGUGACCCAUCAUCAAGGGCCCAAGGAGCUGCCCUUCCAGCAGCAUGAGAGCGUGGAGCCGGCAGGGAAUGGGAAAUAGCUAGGCCAGGUUCACUGGUUGGUCUGAACCAGUUCAGCAGCAGAUUAUUCGGCCGUGGCUGGCUGAGCUUCAGGCUAAGGAGCUGCUCAAAUGCACAGGCCUAGUUGAAGUUUAAACCCAGCAAAAACAGUUCUCCCUGUAAAUGUAAAAUCUCACCCCACCCCCUUCCCUGUCUUGGCUCCCCUCCCCCCAAGAUCAUUAGAUAAGCAGCUGCCUAUCCUCACCCCUCCCUUCUACCCCUCCUCUCUGGGACAGGAUGCCUCUGAGCAAGGUAGAGCUUUCCUGGACUACCCACCAUAGUUAGCGUACCUGAUCCUCACUCAGAGAGCAGGGCAGAGCCAACCAAGCUUCUUUCAAUAGGCCCCCCAGUUUACAAGACCACAGGCAAGACUCCUCAAGGGAGGAGAGCAAGGGAUGUGUCCGCAGCUCUGGGAAGGGCAGGCAGGUGCUCUCUCGUGGAGGAAGAAGGGCUCAAGAAUGGCCCCUGGGGGGGGGGGGGGCGGGGGGAGUCUGCAUGUAUUUCAGGUUGUGGCUAUUGGCUCCUGCACUCUGCUCUGACCAAGGGCUCAGCUUCUUAGAUCUCCAGCUGUCUUCUCUCUGAAAGACCAAAUCUAACCAAUGGAACCAGAAACGUGGGGACUGCCAAGUGUGGCUUUGUCCCCGCGACUCGAAAGGAAGGUGUGCCAGGCAAGUUCAGGUGGAUGCAAUGUGUGUGCGGCGUGCGUGGGAGUGUGUGUGGUGUUGGAGAUCAUCUCUACAGACUGGAAAUAAAACAGACAAACUUA